GCCACCACCACCCCAUUCCCUGAUCCAAACCUAGCGAGAAAAGAGGGGAGGCAGGCACACCUCUCCUCCCCAGUCCACGGACAGCCACGCCAGAUCAAAGCGGGAGGGAGGCAGGCAGGGCUCAACUGGGCUCAAGAGGAGCGCGUGGAAUCGGCGAAAGCAAGAGAACCGGAUCCGAGACCGGAGGAUCUGAGACGGGCUCCUCCGGUCCAUCCCCGACAAGCGCAGGAAAGUGGGAGCUCGCCUCCGGUUCUCAGAGGGAGCGCGCAGAGUUUCACAGAUGGAUCCCUGCGCUUGGUAGAGCACUGAGAGCUCGAGGUGGCACAAAAGCCGCGCGGCGCGCUCAGUGCUGCUUCGACGCAGCCUCCAAGUCCGAGGAGAGGCGCAGAAAGUGAAGUCGUCGGCCGUCUGCUUUCCCACCUGGGCCGGCGCGAGAGCGCGUGCCUGCGGACCCCAGAAGAGGGCGCGCGGUGUUCCCUGGGGGCGUCUAGAGCGGAGUGAGCAAGACGCCCCCACACGGCCCCCUCCCUGUGCGAAGGGGCGCACAGUUCCCUCCCAGGCGAGGCGCAACAGCGGCCAGCGCAGAUCCCGGCAGGGCCAAGGCUGCUCCGACGCACCGCGCCUGCCAUGAGUGUGGCCCAGGGCGCGCAGCUCUUCGCCGGCUCGGCCGACCUGCCGGAGAAAGCGAUGGCCGAGCUCAAGUCCCUGAGCGGCGAGUCUUACCUGGCCCUGGCGCAGAGCUACAACCAGACGGCUUUCGCCUACAGCGCGGUGCGAGCCGGCGCCGGCGAGGCUCCCCGUGUCUACCCCGGCGGCGCGGGUGGGCUGGAUUUCCACGGCAUGCCGCUGGGCAAGUCCGCGGAGAGCAGCGGAGAGCAAAGCGGCGACGAGGACGACGCCUUCGAGGGCGCCAAGGCGGGCAGCCCGGCUUUCGAGCGCGACGGCAAGCUGAAGGCGGGCGGCGCCCUGGGGACCAAGAAGCCCAAGGAGCAGCGCUCGCUGCGGCUCAGCAUCAACGCCCGCGAGCGGAGGCGCAUGCACGACCUGAACGACGCGCUGGACGGGCUCCGCUCGGUCAUCCCUUACGCGCACAGCCCGUCGGUGCGCAAGCUCUCCAAAAUCGCCACGCUCCUCUUGGCCAAGAACUACAUCCUCAUGCAGGCGCAGGCCCUGGAGGAGAUGCGGCGCCUGGUGGCCUACCUCAACCAAGGCCAGACGCUCAGCACGCCCAUCCCAGCCACUCUGGCUCCUUUCGGACAAUCGGCCGCCGUUUAUCCUUUCACGGGCACCGCGUUGCCCACCUGCCCCGAGAAAUGUACUGCCUUUCCUGGGGCCACCUCCGGCCUUUGCAAACACUGCAACGAGAAACCUUGAUUUUAGCAUCGUGCCCUCCGGACACACAAACAGAAAGGCUUCCCUUUUCAUUUCAUCAGCCCCGCCUUCUUAUCCUCAGUUAAGUUGCUUUUCUUCUUCGGUUUCCCCCCCUCCCCUCCUCUUCUGGAGGCAAUUCGGAUCCUUUCCUUUAGUUCCAUCACGCUCCACUUCUGCACUCUUCUCUCUCCCCAUGCGCCUUGGUUUAAUCAUCACGCCUUCUUUCUUCAAACUUUUUCUAGAGAUUCUGGCUUUAACAUUGCUGUUUUCUUCUUCUUCUUCCCUGAGCUCUCUCAUGGAUUAAUUUUGAACAUAACUUUUUCCCCUUUAAUUUUCAUUUUGAGACUGUUUUAUUCCGGGGUUUUGAAAUAUACUUCUAUACUCAGAGUCACAAAAGUGGGAGGAGGUUUUGGAAAGCACAUUUCAAUGAGGUUUCCUCUGGAAUGAACAGACUUGUGUACAAACUAUGCAAUGUUUACAGAAUGCAAAGUGACUAAAAUGGAAGAUCUCGCUGCAGUCUGCCCCACCAUUAUUGGCAAUAUCUUUAUCCAAAAUUGAACAGUCACCUGAUUAUUUUUGGGGAGGAGUGGUGCUUGUAAAAAUACAUUAAUGUGGCUUAAUGGGUUGACCAACAUUUAUUUUAUAGAUAUAUAUAUAUUUCAACUUUGAACCCAUUCUUGCACUUGACUACAGUCUUUUGAUUGUACACUGUUGCCUGCUCUCCUUCUAUUUAUUUUAUUUAUUGCCUAUUUCUCUGCUUUGGUUGGGCAACUUUCCAAAGUCGGCCAUGUAUCUCGGUAUACAAAAAUUAAAAUUCACUUGGCAUAUUUAUAUGUAUUUAUAAUAAAUAAAAAGGACAUCAAUCA